AUGGCGAAACCAUAUACAUUACUAAUGGUUGACGACGCCGAAUACCAGUCCUCGCUGUCCAAAAGUCCAAGCCACCACCGCUUCAGCCUGCACCAUUAUUACCACCUAGAUCGAGGUGACUGUAGGGGUACCGCCAGGGACUAUAUGACAAUCGCUGUACAGUCUCGAGCAUGUCUAACAAAGACGCAGAUUGCCAACGUCUUAAGGCCAGUGUUGAUCGGCCUCUACACCAAGGCACGUCUACACAAACAAACAGACACCAUUGUGCUCACCACUACUGCAGUUGACGAAAAAACAGACCUAUACCCACACCUUUUCACAAUUGCCGCAUCACCAAGCCUUGUCGCUGGUCACAUCCCAACAGAUCACUACUACGUCACUACCCGUUCGCCCUACACGUCCUACCUUACUACGACAUCGAUACCCAGAGGUCUGGAACAUCGAAAUGCCUUAUCAUGUGGGCCUCUCUCCCUCUCCGCAAAGUCGAUAACCUGGCGGCCCAAGGAUAGCAGGAACCCUAAAAAGCAAACGGUGUGGCCGAAGGUACCGAAUCGUGCACCUCAAGGCUCAUGCACGACGCUGACCGCGCGGCCCACCAAGCAACUGUGGCUGCAUUCUGCCGACCUAUUGCCGGUGUGA